UCCUGCGAGGCUGACGGAAAGAUGGCGGCGCGGGCGGCGCUCGGGGCCGUGUGCCGGCGUCUCUGGCAGGGUUCGAGGGAUUUUUCUGUAAACAGCUCUAAGAGCAGUACAUCCAAAAAUGAUGGCUUUCUUCUCAGUACCAACAUGAAGUGGGUACAGAUUUCAAACCUACAUGUUGAUGUUCCCAAGGAUUUGACCAAGCCUACAAUAACCAUUUCUGACGAACCAGACACAUUAUAUAAGCGCCUGUCAGUUUUGGUAAAAGGCCAUGAUAAGGCUGUGUUGGACAGUUACGAAUAUUUUGCUGUGCUUGCUGCUAAAGAACUUGGUAUCCCUAUUAAAGUGCAUGAACCUCCAAGGAAAAUAGAGCGAUUUACUCUUCUCAAAUCAGUGCAUAUUUUCAAGAAGCACAGAGUUCAGUAUGAAAUGAGAACACUGUACAGAUGUUUAGAGUUAAAACAUCUAACUGGAAGUACAGCAGACGUCUACUUGGAAUACAUUCAGCGAAACUUACCUGAAGGAGUUGCCAUGGAAGUUACAAAGACAAAAUUAGAACGGUUACCAGAACACGUCAAGGAGCCAAUCUGGGAAAAGAUACCAGAGGAAAAAGAAGAAAGCAAGUCAUAAAGUCUCAGAGAGACUAGCUGCGCGGGCUUUUGAAAGGAGGGCGGGCCAGCCACGUGGGCUGAAGUGGAGACUGCUUCCAGCUGAGACGGUUCUGAGUCCUUACAUGUAACUGCUCUGUUGAGUCCACGUGUCCUGGUCAGUGGGCAGCAGGGGGUGGAACAUUAGGGAUACAAUGAACUAUAGGGGAAGAACCACCUUAUCUAUUCUUUUAUACAGGUCACCCUUCCAGUUCUGAUUUUAACAAAUGUGAGUAAACCAUUUUGACAACUGUGCACCAAGAGUCGAUUUAUGUUUAUGUUUAUCAUAUCAUUCAUCUGAAACUGAAUGUUUGAAAUACUGCUCACAUACAUUUUUUUCUUUUGAGGUUCCUAGGAGGAACCUUUGGUUAAUUUGAUUAAUUUAACACUGAGCAGUUAAAGUUUUUGACCUUCACUUUAGUGCAAGCUAUGGUCGUUUGUUUGGGGGUGAUGACCUCCAAAUUUUACCUCGUUUAAGCACUCCAUUCUUGAAUACACUUUGCAGUAGACCAGGCGUACUUGUGGCAUGCACUGAACCUUUGUAGCCAAGACCCUGCAGGGCUGCCUAAAAGGAUCACUGUAAUGGAAUUUAAGCUCUUAAGAAAUUACCGCCUGUAUCGUUUCACCCAUCCUGUGAUUCACUCAUUCAACAGGCUUUUAUUUUGUUAACUUACCAAAAAUUGAAUAGAAAUAACGGCUUUUGAAAAUUGUGCAAGGCACAGAAAAUAUUUUCCUUAUUAAGUUCCUCACUGAUAAGAAGGCCUCUUUCUUUCGGUAAAUGGUACUCUUUUUGUUUGGAGAUGUCUACUUUUCCAUGAAAUUAAAUAGUAGUUAAAGCCCUGAAAGAAGCAGGACUACAAUGGGCUGAAACUGUUGAUGUAUCAACCCCAAGGGAGUGAUUCGUUUCCUUUUUACAGCAGAAUCAGGGCCUCGCCUUUGUAGUUUUCUUCACAUCUUUGGCAUAGUUAUGACUUCUCAGUUUUUCCCCCCCUUAAACUGGAAUUCCUAUUCUCUCUUCCUGACCUACUAUCAGGUAUCGUGUUUUGAAUGCAUACUGCUUAUGUAUCAGACUUACAUUACUGUCAUUAACAUGGAAAGAAUUACAGCCUUGGGGCCCAUGGCCUCAUUCUCUUAGCUGCUCACUUGUUGACCAUGUCAUUCACUGGUUCACAAAUGCCUAAAGCAUGCUUAUCUCAGGUAGAGCCUCAGGAUUAAAAACUAGUCAAUAAAGCAAGAGCAAUAUAAUGGUAAUUAUAUCUAGCAAAGCAGCAAUUUGUGACUCAUUUUUACUUUAAAAGAAAUAGUUCUUUAAAUAUAGGUUUUUGGGGUUUUUUAAAGAUAUUAUCAAUCACUAUAGUAAUAGAAUGAUUUAUGCAUACUCAGCUCCAGUGACUCCCUGUGAGCCAAACAUGGGCAUCUGCUUCCAGCUGUAUUCACAUUAAAUUAACCCAUAAACCAGAUUACUCAGUUUAGCACUUCAAAUUAUAUAUUAAAAUCUUGUUUUAAGAUAAAUAUGCAAAUAAACUACACACAUGACAAAAACUAGUGAUACUUCUGUGACAAAAGUAUUUGGCAUAUUUGAAGCCUACUUUCUUUAUAUAAACAAAUUUCUUUAUCCUGAUAGGCUGAGAAAGCUUUUUUUUUUUUUUAAAUUAGGUCGCCCAAGUAAAAUGAAUAUUCUGAAACUUAGAAUUAAUGCCAAGUCUCACUUUCUCUCCAUGGUGGGGAUGGGAGGCAGUGAGAGAAAAUGGGACCUGAUGGUAGAGUGAACCAGAAGGCAGGUAGGAAGUGAGAUUAUUUAUUUAUUGAGAGGAAGCCCUGAGUUCAUUGUUGCUUUCUCUGAUCUGAAGUAUAUUUUCUUUUCACAUUAAACUAAUAUAAUGGUCUGUUUAAAACUAUUGAUAGGACUCUGGUUUAAACUUGUUCAGUACCUAGUUUCAAUUAUUUCAAAGAGAAUUAUAUGUUCCUUUGGCCACCUUGUACAUGCCACACAAAAUACAUAAAGCAAUUGCUUUAAA